AUGCGUGAUUUAAAGUGUCUGUUGUACUGCGAGCAUUCUUCCGACCGAAACAACUGCUGUGAUUUGCAAAUAGACAAAUUCACUGGGGACAUAUGGGUCGCGACCUCCGAAGGACUUCUCGUUUGCCCUGCUACAGGAGAACUCACUCAGAGGUGCUCGUUGACUGGUGUAAAACGUAUAGUUUACGUAAAUUCUCCAUGCGUUUGCCUCCAAUUCGAGCAUUCAAUUUCCCUCAUACAUACUCCCGAUCAGGUUUCGUCCUUCCCACUUUUAUAUUGUAUUACGUAUUCAUAGGUAUUAGACGAUCGUGAAUUCGAAACUCGAAUUGUUUGUGCAACAUUCUCACCAGAUCUCUCAGUUGGGGUUGUUUUGACAGGUAAACUUUUGGCAGUGUCUCACAAACUCCUUUUCUAGAUGACCAAAAAAUAAACAUUUUGAGCUCGUCCCUCGAGAUCAUGAGCGAAAUUGACCUAAAGCAGACCACAAGUGAUUCUCGUAAGUUUAUUGACAAAAGUCAUCUGAGAUUUCAGAGCACCUGGUGAGCGUCGGAUGGGGUAGCAAGGAAACACAAUUCAAGGGUCAAAAAGGACGGACAGAAGACACUUUUGAAACCCAGGUUUGUGUUGUUGUUCCGGUCUUACAUUUACAGUUCCGCCAUAAACCACUUUUCCACGCAGGUAGUGGAGAACAUGUUACAAAUUUCCGAGCCAUCGACUUGGAAAGUGA